UGUGUUCUUUACGAUUACGAGAUAACAUAGUGGAACAAACUUAGUGAAUCGCCUCAUGUGGAAUUCCUAAAAUAAAUGUGGUUAAUGUAAUGUCAUACAUUUUUUAGAAUAAGUUUUCCACUUUUCAUUUAUAACCAUAAUGACUUCAAUUAUAGUAGCUCGAGCAUUAGCUCCAGCUUUUCACCAUAGUUUGAAACAACUUCUCACUACCAAAGGAGCUGUUUUUCAAAUUCAGAAUUAUUGCAAAACUCUUCAAGUUGUGGUACCUAGGAUCAACCAAAGGCGUUUAUAUUCUGAAAAGAAAGUUUUUGAACGUACAAAACCUCAUUGUAAUGUAGGAACGAUAGGCCAUGUUGAUCAUGGUAAAACGACUCUCACCGCGGCUAUAACUAGAGUUUUGGCAGAACAGAAACUAGCACAAGCGAGAAAAUAUCAAGAAAUUGACAAUGCUCCUGAAGAGAAAGCAAGAGGCAUUACAAUAAAUGUAGCUCACAUUGAAUACCAGACGGAAGAUAGGCAUUACAGUCAUACGGAUUGUCCUGGCCAUGCUGAUUAUAUUAAAAACAUGAUCACUGGCACGGCCCAAAUGGAUGGUGCUAUAAUGGUAGUGGCAGCUACCGAUGGAGUUAUGCCCCAAACUCGAGAACAUUUGCUUUUGGCUAAACAAAUUGGUGUGCAGCAUAUAGUUGUAUUCAUCAACAAGGUAGAUGCUGCUGACAAAGAAAUGGUUGAAUUAGUUGAGAUGGAAAUUAGAGAACUCCUAACAGAAAUGGGAUUUGAUGGAGAAAACUGUCCUAUAGUUUGUGGAUCAGCUCUUUGUGCUCUGGAGGGAAAACAGCCAGAAAUAGGUUAUGAAGCCGUUCUCAAGCUUCUCAAAGAAAUUGAUACCUACAUUCCAACCCCAAUUCGUGAAUUAGACAAGCCAUUUUUGUUACCAGUGGAGAAUACAUAUUCAAUACCUGGUCGUGGCACAGUUGUCACGGGAAGGCUUGAGAGGGGCAUUCUUAAAAAAGGUUCUGAAUGUGAGAUAGUAGGAUUUAACAAAGUGUUGAAAACUACUGUAACAGGAGUUGAGAUGUUUCACCAAAUUUUGGAGGAAGCGCAGGCAGGAGAUCAACUAGGAGCUCUUGUUAGGGGUCUGAAGAGAGAUGAUAUUAAAAGAGGAAUGGUUUUGGCCAAGCCAGGUACAGUAAAAAGCCAUGAUCAUUUAGAAUCCCAAGUUUAUAUUUUGAGCAAAGAAGAGGGUGGACGCAGUAAACCAUUCACAUCAUACAUUCAGUUGCAAAUGUUCUGCAGGACGUGGGAUUGUGCUGUUCAAGUUAUUGUUCCAGAUAAAGAAAUGGUCAUGCCUGGCGAGGAUUCUAA